GAGGCCCCUCCCCGCGCGCGGCCCCUCCCCGCGGCGGCCCAGGCUCCCCCGCUCCGCACUCCCCGCCCCUCGGCCCGCCCGCCGCCGGCCUCCGCCACCAUGGCCAGCGCGGCCCUCACCCCGUAAAGAUGGCGCUGCGGGACGGCCGCGAGCACCGCUAGCCCCAUGACUGUCCGCAACAUCGCCUCCAUCUGUAAUAUGGGCACCAAUGCCUCUGCUCUGGAAAAAGACAUUGGCCCAGAGCAGUUUCCAAUCAAUGAACACUAUUUCGGAUUGGUCAACUUCGGGAACACGUGCUACUGCAAUUCCGUGCUGCAGGCCUUGUACUUCUGCCGGCCGUUCCGGGAGAAUGUGCUGGCGUACAAAGCCCAGCAGAAGAAGAAGGAAAACCUGCUGACGUGCCUGGCGGACCUCUUCCACAGCAUCGCCACGCAGAAGAAGAAGGUCGGCGUCAUCCCGCCCAAGAAGUUCAUUUCCAGGCUGAGGAAAGAAAACGAUCUCUUCGACAACUACAUGCAGCAGGAUGCGCACGAGUUUUUAAAUUAUUUGCUGAACACUAUCGCGGACAUCCUGCAGGAGGAGAAGAAGCAGGAGAAGCAAAAUGGGAAGCUAAAGAACGGCAACAUGAACGAGCCCGUGGAGAGUAAUAAGCCGGAGCUCACCUGGGUUCACGAGAUUUUUCAGGGCACGCUGACCAACGAGACCCGCUGCUUGAACUGUGAAACCGUUAGUAGCAAGGAUGAAGACUUUCUCGACCUUUCCGUGGACGUGGAGCAGAACACAUCCAUUACCCACUGCCUGAGAGACUUCAGCAACACAGAGACGCUGUGCAGCGAACAGAAAUACUAUUGCGAGACGUGCUGCAGCAAGCAGGAGGCCCAGAAGAGGAUGCGCGUGAAGAAGCUCCCCAUGAUCCUGGCCCUGCACCUGAAGCGGUUCAAGUACAUGGAGCAGCUGCACCGGUACACCAAGCUCUCCUACCGCGUGGUCUUCCCGCUGGAGCUGCGGCUCUUCAACACCUCCAGCGACGCCGUCAACCUGGACCGCAUGUACGACCUGGUGGCCGUGGUGGUGCACUGUGGCAGUGGCCCUAACCGUGGACAUUACAUCACUAUCGUGAAGAGUCACGGCUUCUGGCUGUUGUUCGAUGAUGACAUUGUCGAGAAAAUAGAUGCCCAAGCUAUUGAAGAGUUCUAUGGCCUGACAUCAGAUAUUUCAAAAAAUUCAGAAUCUGGAUAUAUUUUAUUCUAUCAGUCAAGAGAAUAACUUAAAAAGAACUGAGGGACUCAUCCUAGUACUGGGGACGGGAAGGUUCGAAGCACUGUCCCGGGUUCUCUGCAGACCACCCCCUGCCCCCAGUGGCCCCCCCGCCCGCUGUUGCUCCCGUCCCCAGGGCCGGGCCUCGUGAGGCUCUUCCCCCUCCCCCCACACUCGUUGUUGUCCCUCCAUUCAGCACUACUUGUGGUUUCCCUUUAGUCUGAGGUGGUGUUCACUGCAGUCAGAUGGACGUAGGGGUUGUGUCUGAGGUGGUGUUCACUGCAGUCAGAUGGACGUAGGGGUUGUGUGCGUAACAGUCGCCCAUGCUGGACUGGGCCUGCACCCGCCGGCCAGCACGGCCUGGCUGAACUCGAGUUGGACGUCUCCGUCCAGGGUCUGCAGUUUCUCCUGGGGCAUCGGCCUCAGACUGCCCCUGUGGCUGCUGGGGUGUCUCCCCGCCACUUCUGCUCCCGCCGUGGUGUCCAGAAAGCCGGAGGACGGGGGCAGGUGCGUUCACCCUUCAGGGCCGCCCCUGUGGCUUCAUACGGGCAAAGCGUGUGAUGAAAAUCGAGUCACCUCGAUGCGGUAAGACCCUCAAGGAGUGCCUUGGUGGGAGAGGCCCUCGGCGGGGCCGGAGCUCGACAGGCGAAGCCGAGAGGAAGGACAGUCCCAAGCCAAGUCCCUGGAGAAGAGCUCCGUGCCACCCGCCCGUCUGUGGCGACACGUCUCCCUUCUCAAGGCCCGUGCGAGUUGCUGUGUUCCCGGCUCGGGGCGUGCCUCAGAUCCUGUCCGCUCUGUGCGUCCCUGGCGGGACCCAGAACCACCAAGGCCCCACGCCUUGGCCGCCGUCCGUCGCCCUUUCGGCCUGUUGGUGCAGGUGCAGGGGUGAGGAGGGUGGGGCAGGGAAAGGGGGUCCGGAGAGCGUGCAUCGGGCAGGGGGCACAGGCAGACAGCACAGGGCUGGGGCCCAGACGCACAGGACGCCGGUUGAGAUGGGAGGUAUUUUUGCGAGGGGGAAAGACCUCAUCUUACCCUAGUUAUUUUUACUCCCCCUCCCUUUUGUUAAUGUAUGUAUUUAUUAGAUCAUUUGAGUAUCGAUGCCUUUUAUUAAAAGGGUCGAUUUGGGUGUUUUGUUUCGUUUUUGUUUUUGGACAUUGAGCUGGUUUCUGGUUUUCUACAGAUCUGAUGAGUCCUAGAUCUCGGCUUCCCGUGAGGAGUCAGGGGACUUCCGUACACUAUGAUAUACUGUGAACAUAUUUUGUUACCUUAAUAAAUCAGCGAACAAACACACAAACUUUUGGCAUAAUGUGAAACUAAAAUUGAAGUUGGAAAUGUUAGCAGUUAUUUUGCAACAACUGAGAGCAUAGCACUUUAUCUAGAUGAAAACUGGAUUUCUUACCUUAGAAAUACCUUGAACUGAUUGUUGCUCAGAACCUAAAUAAGCAUGCCAACACUUCAUUUGUUCAUGCUUGAAGUGAAAUAUUUUUGCUUUUCACUGGAGAAGACAAAAAAAACAGGGUGAUUUUCAUGUUAUUUUAUACAAGUGACAAAAAUAUAUCUUGCCUUGUUUAGAGGCAAAUUCAUAUUUAUAAAUACUUAGUCUUUUUUUUUUUCCUUCCAUGAAACAUAUGUAGUAAUCAGUUAACCUGGAAGGUGAGUCUUUAUUCUGUUUUUAAGGAGAAACACUUUCCACUUGAAGGUGAUUGAUCAUAGGGAACUGUUUGUACUAUAUAUAACCCAAAUAUUUGACAGCAGGUUGCUAAGUUUAAAAAAAAAAGUGAUGGUUGAUCUCUAAUAUAUUUGGAACUGAUUCAUAAAAAAAAUACAAUUAAAAUUAUCUUUGAAACGACUCUUGCAGCAAAUUUAUUAGAAAAAGAUGUUUCAUUUGGUAGCUUAAUAGAAGUAGUAUCUAAAUGCUAAGUCAUAGUUUCAGUACAUUUUGUUGUUUGUUUUUGGGGGCCGUGUAAAGAAUUUUUCCCCGUGACGUCACUGAAGGGUCGAUUAAAAUUCAGUACCCAUGGAUAGAUUUUUGGAGUAGAUGGAAGUACGAAAAUGGUUGUGUGGUGAUUUAGGAUGGUUGUGUGGGGAGGACAGGGAGGCCAGAGUGCACUUCACACGCCUUGAGCUUAUUUAAAUAUUAGCACUCUGGUCAUCGCUCCCCUCUGCCUCCUCAGUACCCAAGGCACCAGGCAGCCCCCAGCCCCUGGCCCCCAUCAUUUCUCCGUAUGUAAAGACAGCAUGCAGACACUUCCAUGUUUUACCCGCGUAGUUCCUAGUACGCCACGAAUGACAUCCUCAGACCAGGGGGGGGCGAACACUCAGCAGUGUUUCCCCCCAAAGGCCAGGGUUGUUGUGUCACUUGUGAAUGGGCUGCUGUACUACUUCUAACUGCUGAGUGUCUUAAAAUAACUUAACAGUGUUUCCUCAUCUUGAAAAGAGAAGAAAUACACACCCGGUGGGUUACUUCACCAAUGUAGCCUCUAGAUUAUGGGCACAGUCAUUCAUGCUGCAAAGCCAUUGGUUGAAAAGCAGGCGUGGGAGGUGUGGAACCAAGGAAUACCUGUGUGAGUUCCAACAGGGCGUCUUCCUGUUUGAUUUCAUGGCCUGAUACGCUUUGGGGGUGGGAUGGAGUGGGGGGGGGGCACAGAGAUGGGCCCUACGCGCUUAUUUUCUCGGGCACGCCUCACAGUGGACUAUGUUCUGACCGGAGCUUAGGGCUUAUUUUAGAUAUUGGACUGUAGCUUUAUUACAGAUGGAUUUUAUCUUUAAACAUUGCAUUUUGAUCAACUUUGUAUAUCCAUGUGUAUUAAAACAUUGUGCACUCAG